AGAUAGGAAGUUGGCAAAAAUGGAUCCAUCACUUGUAAAAGCAUCUCUAUUUGUCGUUGGCUUGAUGCUGACUCUGAACCAAAGCUACUCCUCUGCUGUCAGCCUGAAAGACAAGCUGGACGACUGUCUGAAGGACAACGACUACGAUGAACUGAUGCACAUAGCAGAAAACGGCCUGCCAAAGAUAAAACAUAGUCACCGUGUUGUUAUUGUUGGAGCUGGGAUGGCUGGCCUGACAGCAGGAAAACUUCUGCAGGAUGCAGGACAUAAGGUCACCAUCAUAGAAGCUAACAAGCGUAUCGGUGGACGAGUGGAAACAUACAGGAAUGACGAGGAGGGCUGGCAUGCAGAAAUCGGGGCCAUGAGGAUCCCAGACUUUCAUCGCAUCGUUUGUACAUUUGCUAAAAAGCUGGAUGUGAAGCUCAGGGAUUUCAUCAUGGAUGACAACAACACAUACGUCCUGGUUAAUGGGGUGAAGAAAAGGAACCAUGAAGUGAAAGAAAACCCCGAUGUUCUGAGGUACGACGUGUAUGAGAACGAGACGGGGAAGUCAGCCGAGGAUCUGCUGCAGCAGGCUCUGACUGUGGUUAGAAUGGAAGUUGAAGAACAUGGAUGUAAACACACACUGCAAAAAUACGACCAUUACUCUGUAAAGGAAUAUCUGAAAGAAGUUGGACAUCUGAGCGACGGAGCCAUCAGAAUGAUUGGAGAUCUCCUGAAUGAGCAGAGCCUGAUGUACACGGCGCUGAGUGAGAUGGUCUAUGACCAAUCCGACGUCAAUGACACUGUCAGGUACUUUGAGAUGAUUGAUGGGACGGACAGUCUCCCCAAUGCCAUCGCUCUCCCUCUCAAUCAAGCCAUUGAGCUGAACUCUAUGGUUCAGCAGAUCAGGCAAUUGGAGGACGGUGUCGUUGUACAGUACCAGAAAAAUCAGUCAGCUCGUCCUACGGACAUCUUUGCUCAUGCCGUCCUGGUCACAACCACAGCCAAGGCAGCUCUUUUCAUCGAUUUUUCCCCGUCCCUUUCUGUACAAAAGAUGGUGGCCCUGAGGACGGUCCACUACGACAGCGCCACCAGGAUCACUCUUACGUUCAGCGAAAAGUUCUGGGAGAAAGACGGGAUCAGAGGGGGAAAGAGCAUCACAGACCGACCCUCUCGUUUCAUUUACUACCAGAGCUACAGCUUCCCAAAGAAUCACACCAUCGGUGUCAUCCUGGCCUCCUACACCUGGUCCGAUGACUCCCUGCUCUUCCUCGGGGCCAGUGACGAGCAGCUGAAGGAGGUUCUUCUGAAAGAUUUGUCUGAGAUCCACGGUCACCACGUCCGAGCGCUCUGUACCGGCAUACUGGUGAAGAAGUGGAGCCAGGAUCCUUACAGCCUGGGAGCUUUCGCUCUCUUCACUCCAUACCAGCACCUGGAGUACGCCAACGAGCUGUUCAGGAGCGAAGGCAGGAUUCAUUUCGCUGGCGAACACGCCGCCUUCCCUCAUGGCUGGAUCGAAGCAUCUAUGAAAUCUGCAAUCAGGGCCGCAGCGAAUAUCAACGCAGAGGCACGAUCUGCGGAAAACGAGGGCCGAGACGAACUCUAA